AGAGUCAUCCAGAACCUGAAGGAGAUCAGCAGUGAUGAAAUGUCUCCUGACAGAAACAUCAACAUCUUCCACUGUCUGAUGGAGAUGAAGGACCUCUCAGUACAUCAGGAUAUCCAGAAGUUUCUGAAGUCAAAGAACAGAUCAGAGAAACUCUCUGAGAUCCAGUGCUCAGCUCUGGCCUACAUGCUGCAGAUGUCAGACCAGGUCCUGGAGGAGUUUCACCUGAAGGAGUACAACACAUCAGAGGAGGGACGACGGAGACUGAUGCCAGCUGUGAGGAACUGCAGGAAGGCUCGACUUUCUGACUGUAGACUCUCUGAUUCUCACUGUGAAGUGAUCUCCUCAGCUCUGAAGUCUGACCCCUCCCAUCUGAAACAUCUGAACCUGAGUUACAACAAGCUGAAGGAAUCAUCAGUGAAGAUUCUGUGUUCUGGACUGGAGAGUCCAAACUGUAACCUGGAGACUCUGAGGUUGUUUUACUGCAGUUUGUCACAGACCAGCUGUUCUUCUCUAGCCUCGGCUCUGAAGUCCAACCCCUCCCUCCUGAAACAUCUGAAACAUCUGGACCUGAGUGUGAACGAGCUGCAGGAUUCAGGAGUUGAGCAGCUGUGUGGUUUUCUCGGGAAUCCACUCUGCAGUCUGGAGGAUCUGAGGUUGUGGAACUGCAGGUUGUCAAAAAUCAGCUGUUCUUUUCUGGCCUCAGCUCUGGAGCCCAACCCCUCCCUCCUGAAACAUCUGAAACUUCUGGACCUGAGUGAGAACCAGCUGCGGGAUUCAGGAGUUAAGCAGCUGUGUGGUUUUCUGGAGAGUCCACUCUGCAGUCUGGAGACUCUGAGGUUGAGGAAAUGCAGUUUAUCAAAGAUCAGCUGUUCUUCUCUGGCCUCAGCUCUGAAGUCCAACCCCUCCCACCUGAAGGAGCUCGACCUGAGUGGGAACCAGCUGCGGGCUUCAAAAGUGCAGCGGCUGGUUGAUCUUCAGCAGAGUCCAGACUGCAGCCUGCAGACUCUGAGCUGGAAGUACUGAGAGCAGAGAGGAAGCUGUGUGUCCUGAAGAUCUACUGAGGAGAGCAGAGCUUCAUCCAGACUGAGUGACAGAGGAACCACCAGAAGAUCUGCUGAGUGUCAGUGGAGCAGUGUGAAGAGCUGAGAUUGUCCAGCAUCGAGCCAGGGUUCCUCUGGAUGUGACGCAGAACCAUCACUGUGUGGAGUGAACUUCCUCCUCCUCUUCAUAUUGUCAUUUGAAGCUUUUGAUAUUUUUUGUUUGUUUUUCUAAAUUCUUUGUAGACUUUUGAACCAUGUUCCUUCAUUUUGGACCUUAACAAGUCCCCUUCAGAGGACAAUGAGACUCUGUAGCCUUCAGAGAGUGAACUGGUCUGUGUGGAGUUUCUCAGCUUCUGUAAAGUGGACCAGGAGCUGCUCAACACUCCAUCAAGCUGUUCACCACCUUCACCUCCAUCAGCUGAGGAUUUGUCCACAGCACAGAGAGUGAGCUGCAUGAACAGAGACACUUCCUGUUCCAGUCGGCUCUGACUGUGUCUUGAAAGUGAAAUGAAUCCUCCGCUGUGUGUCGGUCACACUGAGUGAUCUGCACCGUCACACACCGGUCAGCAGGCUGCUGCAGCUGCUUUGUACAGUGUGGCUGUGGCCGACUGGUCCCAUCAGGACUCAACAUGUCUCCUCUGAGAACCGUCUACAGCUGAUCGGGGAGGAUCAGGUUGCUCCUGCUGCUGCUCAACAUGAUCUCAGGUGGUCCACACUGUACAGAGUUUGAUAACUCAGCCUUUAAAACCACUUUCUGUCCUUCUGGUCUCUGUGAACUAAUGUUUGGAGAAUCUCAAGUCUUUGAAGUCAAAUUAAGCAAAACAUCUUUUUUUCAGGACAAUCUGAAUUGAUUGCCACAUUGUGUGUGCCUCACACACAUAACUUCACACACACCUAUUUUUGCUCUCAUCCUGUUUCUAGGAGAGAUGGUCUGAUCUGAGAUUCUGGAUCAGUAUCAGAUCCAAUAUGGACCAAAAUGGCCACAUCAGAUUUCAGAACGUUUGGUUUAGAAAAUGUCUGAAACACUGCAUGAGCGCAAACAAUCCAAGAAUAGUCCAACUUCACUUUCUCCACAUUUAAGCACAGCUGAGCUGCUGCUGUGAGCCUGAGUUUUCAUCUCUGAUCAGAACUGAGAGGAACUGAUGUCUGCUGUGUGAAUUAUUUUGUCAGGAUUUGGUCGGUUUUAUGCUUUAAAAAGAAACAAAACAUGACUCCAUAUCUUUCAUCAGAGCUGUUUAUGGGAGCCUUUCUGUUCAUUGUUGACAGUUUUUUUUACUUUUGUUAGAUAUUUGUUGUUGAAUUCUUUGGACACAUGGUGUCAGUAAUUAGACACAGGUUGUACAUGUGGAGGUCAAAGGUCACAGGAAGAGGAGGGCACACAGUUGUGGCCAGAGCAGGAACAGACGACCAGGACAAAGAUUUCCAACUGUCUCCAGGAAAACCCCGGUAUGAUCAUCAUCUGCUUUCAUCAAAUAAACCAUCAACUAAACUGCAAGUAGACUGACUGGAAGUUCUGGGUUUAGGUCUGUACUGGUUCACUGCUGCUCCACAUGUGUAGUCAUGGCAACAACUGGACUAUGGAACAUUGAGGAACACUGAGGAACCUUCAGCUCCUCCAAAGUUUCAUCAACAUGAAACUUUUUCACACUGAAGUUUGAAUGAAGGAGGCUGCAGAACCAGAGACCUCCUGCAGGGGGCAGCAGCACUCCACACUGACUCAGAGCUCCUGAACGGUGUGUGUUCUGUCUUUAAACAUGUGGUCUGACAGUGACCCACAGGAGGAGCCCUCAGUAUGCUGCAACCAGCAGCAUGAUGGGAAACCACACAGGGAGGAUGGAUGGAAAGAUAGAUGAAUAAUCGACUUAUGAAAUUAUUUAGAUAAAUCUUUCAAACAAAUUAGUUGGAGAACAAAAGCAUUUCCAUGAAUAUUGACUGUGAAGACAGAGAUACAGAGAAGGAGAAGCUCUGUGGUGCAGUGGUUCACUCUCCUCUCACACUGAAACUGUUCUGGAUUUGAGUCUGUCAGCCUGAAAGAGCAGCAGGAAAUAAAACUAAAUAAUAUUGUGCGUGUUGUGAUGAAAAAUGUUUCCCAGCUGUUUGAUGUUGUUUUCAGAAUUCACUCUUACAAAUCAAUAUUGUUGUAUUUUUCUAGUUUCUACUGAAAUGCUGAAACUGACAUUACAGUAAAACACCCAAAAAGUAACUGAUACUUUGAGAGAAGCCCUUUAAUACUUGAGUUUAGAGAAACUCUGAAUUUAUUUGUAAUCCAGCAGAAGUCAAGUCGUGCAACAGUCGUUGGACUUGAGUCCAAAUUCAUCUCUUUCAUCUCAGAGUUUCAUCAACAGCUGGAUAAAUGCAGUGAUGAUGAGUGACUGUAACUUCAGCUGUGGAAGAAACUCAGCAGUUCUCACAUUAAUCCAUUACAUUAAUCACAUGAAUAACUGUUGGGCCCAGUUCUACUUUUAUGUAUUAACCUUACUGUUGUCAAUUAAAUAAACAGUAAAACUGAUCAAAAUCUGUC